CCACUGCAGCAGCCACCGCUCCCCAUUACCGGCACUGCUGCCCUCCGCAUAUACCCCUGCCAGGCCGGUCUGGGCCCAUGGAGACCCCCGUGAAGGCCGGGAUCCUCUAUGUCCAGUACUUCAAAUUUGGAAAGAAGCUCUGGAGGAAGGUGCGGGCCCAGCUCUUUGCCACCAGCCCCUGGGGCGUUGCCCGGCUGGAGACAUGCGAUGCGCGGGACAAGGGCUCCGGGCCAGAGAAGACAUCCCUGCGGAAGUGUGAGCGCCGGGUCAUCCGGCUCGCAGACUGCGUCUCUGUGGGGCCGGCUGACGCCCCCAGCUGCCCCAAGGACACAGCUGCCUUCUACCUGAACACCAUCGACAAGAGCCACGUGCUGGCAGCCGAGCAGCGGGACGAGUGGAUAGCACAGCUCUGCCAACUGGCCUUCCAGUGCACUAAUGAGCCAGCGCCUGGCAGCACCAGGGACCCCCCCGGGCCCGAUCUCCAUGUGGAGGAAAACACCCUCUACGCAUCCUGGCAGGACCUGAAUGAGUUCCUGGUGCUGGUGAACAGGACGGACGCCUCAGCCAGGUGUGGCCUGAGUGGGCACUACCUGCUGGCCGCCUUGCCCAAGGGGCUCGUGCUGAAAACCCGCCAGUCCCGCCAGACCCUGCUCACCUGGCCCUACCCCUUCCUGCGCAAAUUCGGCUACGAUAAGGCCCUGUUCUCCUUCGAGGCAGGCCGCCGCUGCGACUCCGGCGAGGGCAUCUUCACCUGGGCCACCAGCCGGGCGGCUGAGCUGUGCAACCUCGUCUCCGCAGCCAUCGCCCACCAGAGCAGCACCCAAGCACCGGCGCCUCUGAGCUCCAGGCAGGGAAUGGAGCCCAGGCUUUGGAGCUCCCAGAGCCUGGAGGAAGCGCUGCCCACCUGGGCCCUAGAGGGUGCAGGGAGGCCGCUCCUCCCUGCGGGGCUCUGUCCAGACAGCGCACAGGCCCUGCCCUGCACCCUGGAGCUGGGAGGCCGUGCGGGGACAGGAGCUGAGCCCCCCAUCGUCUAUGCUUCCAUCCACAGAGGCCUGCAGCCCCCGCUCAAGCCCUGGGGCGAGGCCAAGGUGGAGCAGGGAGUGGCCAGGGCGUCCCGGGGUCAGGGGCUCCCAGUUUCGGAGCAUCUCUACGAGAACCUCUGCGCCCAGGGGCGCUCCUGCUCCAUGGAGGAGGGGCCCUCAUGCCUGGGCUCCAGGGGCUCCCCAGAAGGGAGCAGCACUGACCUGGCCCCCAUCUAUGACAACAGCUGCAUGGCGUCCAAGCGCUGGAGCAGCCCCCUGGCUCCCAGCACGGGACCCAGCCCCUCCCUGGAGGCCCAGUACAAGCGGCUGCUGGACCAGGACGGGCCGGAGCGAGGCGAGGAGGAGGAGGGGGAGGAGGAUGCUCUAGUCAGCUCCCUCCCCAGGGGCAGAGCUAACAGUGGCUUCAGGAAGUUAGUCACUCUCCUCAGCCGAGAGGUAGCCCCCAAGGUCCCUGGCAAAAGCUCCAGUGUCCUGGACAGGGCCUAGCCCCCCACGCUGGGCAGCUCCAGGCACAGGCUGGCGGUGAGGGGGGCAUGCAGCUCCCCCCACACUGAGAUUCACCCUAGCACACGGCCGUGUCAGCCAAGGGCAGCCCCUAGCUCUCCCCUGACCCAGGAGCGAAAGCCGACCCAGGACUCCUGGGUUCCUCAGGCAGGUGCCGGGGUGAGGCCGUCAUUCCAGCAGGAUGGUGGCUGCUCCCAAGCCUGGCACAGGCUGGCUCUGCCCUUGGCACCUGGGCCCCUCCACAGGAGCAGGGACAGAUUCUGUACAGACCUGAACUUCCCCUACGAGGGGGGGUGGGAGGGACUGAGCCAGCGUGGCCUCAUGCCAGGGCUGGGGUGCCUGUGAUGGGAAGGGUAACCCCUGCACAUGGCACAGACACCCCAGACAUGCUCAAAGGGCAGGGGAAGGGCUGAGCGUGGCUGGGAGCAACGCUGACUGCUGUGGGUCGGGGAGGCGGCCUGGGGUCCCUGUUCUAAUCGCUGUCCCUGGGGCAGGGCCCAGCACAGGAUGUUCUGAGCGCCUCGCCCCCCACCCCCCUGGCAUAUGGUCUCUGGGCACACACCCCUCCCCCGCUCUGUGUGCAGGGCACAAGCUGGGCAAUGGAUGGAGUGGUCGGACUCCACCCCGCUGCCCUCCAGCCGAGCUGUGAGCGGCCAGGCGGUGCUGCCGGUAUCGCGGCAGGGGAGAGCGGCCAGACUGGGUCAGCCCAAGGCCCGUCCAGCCCAGUGUCCUGUCUGCUGCCAGCGGCCAGUGCCAGGUGCUGCAGAGGGAGUGAACAGAACAGGGCAAGUGCGAGUGAUCCGUCCCCUGGCAUCCAGCCCCGGCUGCUGGUCGGCAGAGGCUUAGGGACACCUGGAGCGUGGGUUUGCAUCCCUGCCCAGCUUGGCUAAUAGCCACUGAUGGACCUGUCCUCCAGGAACUGAUCUAGUUCUUUUUUGAACCCUGUUAUAGUCUUG